ACAGCUUGUGAAAGCCGUAAGAAAAGACCCCAAAACAACUGCCUAUAAAUUAACCAAGCAACUUGAAGAAUUAAACAUUAUAGCAAGUGAAUGUACUAUAAGGCGAACUUUACAUGCUAAAAAUAUUUAUGGUAGAAAGGCUGUAAAGAAGCCAUUAAUUUCGGAAGUAAAUAGGAAAAAAAGAUUAUUUUGGUGUCAUGCAAGGAAAAUUUGGGAAAACGAAUGGGAUAAAAUUAUAUUUAGUGAUGAGAGUAGGUUCUUACUAUUUCAAAACGAUUCAAAUGAUUGGGUUUGGAGAAUGGCAGGGGAAAAAUACAAAAAAGAAUAUUUAAGUCCAACAGUAAAACAAUCUGACGGAAUUAUGGUUUGGGGUUGCUUUACAAGAAGAAAAAUGGGUCCAUUAGUAUUAGUUGAAGGUAGAUUAAAUGCAAGUAAUUAUAAUAAUCUUCUUGAAGAAAAUUUAUUACCUUUUAUUAAUGAAUUAAGUAGAGAAGAUCGCCGUAAUGAUGGUGAUGGUGUAUUUAUCUUUCAGGAAGAUAAUGCACCAUGUCAUAAAGCAGCUGCUGCAAACAUAUGGAAAGAAAAUAAUAACAUUGUG